AUGUGGUUUACCGGCCCCCUAACAGAGGCUACCAUCGCCCGUGAUCUUGAGAGAGUCGAUCACGUCCUAAACCUUACGUCCAACAGCACAGAACAUAAGGUGGCUUGCGACCGAUUCCACGCCCUUCAGAUUGCGGUCGAGAAUGAUUCUCUGCUGAUUGUGCAUCUUCUCCUAUCAAGAGGGGUUCAGCCUUCUACCUUCGACUUCUCCGUCGCAGUCCAAAAUCGCUCGUACGCGAUACUCGAACUGAUGUUGGCCAACGGCCUUGAUAUCAAAGCAGCCUCCCAAGCUCAACCCUCUUCAUUUUGGACCGGUGCUUUUGCUGAUCCAGAACUUGUCCGGUGGCUCGUUGCACAUCGUGCCGAUCUCAAUGCCCCGGACGAAUUCGGCUGUACCCCCUUCUCGAUCGCUGCCCAGUCCACUCCCCUGGAGACGCUCAUCCUGCUGCUCGAACUGGGUGCAGCGGCCGACCAGGGCUAUCCUCUGCACUCUGCCAUCGAGAACAAUCGUGAAGAGGGGGUUGUUCAACUCCUCUUAAACAAUGGUGCAUCACCCAAUGCCAUUGAAUUCGAAGGCAAACCCAAAGCGUUUUAUGACAUUGUGAACGGGGUUGGAACUCCGCUCCACGUGGCGUAUCGCCAGGGUAACGACAAACUUGUCCAACUCCUCCACAAGCAUGGCGCCGCUGAAAACAUCAAGGAUACCAAAGGCAGGCUGCCGUGCCAGGUCAGGGAUGCCCGUCCUAUCAGCGCAUCUCUCUGA